AUGGCCCAAGCGGCGAGGCUCAGCCUCCGAUUGCAGAAAGAGCUCAAGCUCCUCCUCACCGACCCUCCUCCCGGCGCCUCCUUCCCUCUCCUCUCAUCCUCCUCCUCCUUAUCCUCCAUCCUCGCCCAGAUUCAAGGCCCGGAAGGAACUGUCUACGCCGGUGGGCUGUUCAACAUCAAGAUUGAGAUACCGGAUAGGUAUCCGUUUCAGCCUCCAAGUGUGACAUUUGCGACGCCGAUUUACCACCCGAAUAUCGACACCGGUGGCAGGAUUUGCCUUGACAUUCUCAACCUCCCUCCAAAGGGAGCGUGGCAGCCGUCGUUGAACAUUUCGACUGUGCUUACUAGCAUUGGUUUGUUGUUGAGUGAGCCGAAUCCUGAUGAUGGGCUUAUGUGUGAAGCGAGUAGGGAGUUCAAAUACAAUAGACAAGCUUUUGAUCAGAAAGCUCGGUCUAUGACUGAGAAGUAUGCCCAGGCUGGAGCUAAUGGGAGUAGUGUUUGUGACGGCCAAUUUGAAAGCCUAGCAAGUCUAAACUCGCUGGAGGUGGAUACGACAGGGCAUGAGUCGAAACAUCCAGCAAAUGAGUCUGUUGUGCAGCUGGAGGUUAAAACAUCUAGCCACGGCUUAAAACAUGAUGCAAAUUUGUCUGUUACAAGUCACAAGAAGUUAAUUGGGAUGAGUAGGAAGCUGUCGCUUGAGUCUUCAGUCCCAGCUUGGGAAAGAGAUGCUCAUAAGGAAGUGCCUAAAGACCAGAUGGAAGUUGAAGGAUCAGAAAAGUUGCUGAAAGAUAAUCCUAAUAAGUGCACUCUAAGUCAGGAGAAGCUAUGUGGGAGCAGACGGAAGUUGUCACUAGGAUCUUUUAGCCAAUCCCAGGAGAAAAGUGACCAUGGCAUUGAGAAUAAUCCUAGUAAGUGCAAUCUAAGUCAGGAGGAGCUAUGUGGGAGCAGAAGGAAGUUAUCACUAGGAUCUUUCAGCCAAUCCCAGGAGAAAAGUGACAAUGACAUUGGGAAGGUGGAUCACUGUUCAUCUGUUGAACAACAGAACGUUCCUAUGCCAUCUUCCGGAAAAUAUCUGCCACUAUCAGGAAAUGCUUACAAGCAAGGGCUUCAUCCGAGUCAAGAUAGUAAAUUGGUAGAUGACAACAUAAACAAGGGAUCAAAGAGGCUGAGGUUUGGGAACAAGCAAUCAUUGGGUUCAUUGAGCACAAAUCAAAUGAUUAGUGAAAAGACAGAUGAAAUGAUUGUUACCCCUCAACUGCCGCCUUCUCAACCCCAUACCAAUGUGUUAUCUGAGCCUUUGCCAGCAGCCCCAGCUCUUGACAGAGUCAAACGGCAACCAAAUACACAUACGAUUGAUGGAAUGGGAAAUGCCACUAGCGACGCUAGUCGCAAGAGGCUUUGUUUAACUGGCAAGAAGCUUUCACUUGGAUUUAGAGGCUCAUUGCAGGCACAGGGAAAGGAUAACAAGGAGAAUGUCGUGCCACAUAUGAGCGAGUUUAAUGGCAUUGGAUCAAAGAAUGGUGGUGAAAAUGCCACCCAUAAGAAACUUGGGAUUGCACACUUGGAAGAGAACAACAGCAAUAUGCAUCUCUCUUCAAAUCCAUCCAAGUCCCUUCCUAAGCAACACCAGGACUUCAGGGCAGCUGAGAAGCAGCAUCAAGACUACACUGACACUACCGCAACAACUAAGCAAAAGAAAGCCGAAGAACCAUCAAUACUUGAGUCAGAGUCAGUAAUUGUGUUGGACAGUGAAGACAGCGAGGAAGAAAAUAGCAGUCGUGUGAAAUCUAAACCAGUGCUAGCUCGAAAGCGCCUGGGAAGGUGGAGAGUAAGAACAUGAAAACCAAAAGACUUCCGUCCGAAUUAAUCUUAUAUGGUGUAAAAAGUGUUAGCCUAUCCUUCAAUAACUUUGUGCUAAUGAUUCUCAGUAUGCUUGAUAAUGUUUUAUAUAUGGAG